AUGUCAGCUAAACCACUUUGGUAUAGAUGGGCACGAGUUUACUUUGCUGGUGCGUGUAUCACAGGAACGGGUGUAUUGCUUUAUCAAACAAUUAGACCCUCAGAUGAGAAAUUGAUAUCGCAAUUUUCACCCGAAAUCAGGGCAGAGUAUGAAAGAAACAAGGAACUAAGGCAAAAGGAACAGCAGAGGUUAAUGGAGAUUGUUCAACAAACUGCAGCUUCGAAUGAUCCCAUAUGGAAAACGGGGCCUAUUGGAUCGCCAUUGGAGAAGGAACAACGGAAUUUGAGUAUGGAAUUAGUUGACAAGGAGUUGUUUCACAAGACAAAAGCCGAGGAAGCCCAGAAGCAGGCAAUCAACAAGAGUGUUGAACAAGAAAAGGAACUUGAACAGUUGUUGCAGGAGCAAAAACACAAGAAAUCUUGGUGGAAUGUUUUCUCGAGGUGA